UGUGUGUGGAAGAGCGAGAACCACAGAGAGACAGAAAGAGAAGCGACAGACGGCAGGGGCGGCAGCCGGAGGAAGAGUCACAGUGAAAGAAUCAGUAAGGCAACCGUCUGAGAACGACAGAUCCAGAGACACAGAAAAAAGAGAGGAAGACGGAGUCAGAGCUCAACCCCUUCCUGAUCUAUGAAAGAAGCCAUGCCAGUCCUCUCUGCAGGAGCAGGGUUGCAUGAGACGCUUGCCCUGCUGACCUCACAGCUGCGUCCAGAUGCCAAUCACAAAGAGGACAUGGUCUUCCUCAAGGAUGUCUUCAGUGAGAGGAGUCUCAGCUACCUGAUGAAGAUCCAUGAGAAGUUGCGUCAGUAUGAAAGGCAGAGCCCCACCCCAGUUCUUCACAGUGCCUCCACUCUGGCAGAAGAUGUGGCAGAGGAGCUGCAAAGUGGACCAAUGAGUGCUGAGGAAAAAGAGCUGCUACAUUUGCUGACAUCACCACAUCUCCAGGCGGUUUUGUCAGUGCACGACACGGUGGCGCAGAAGAACUUUGACCCAGUGCUGCCUCCUCUGCCCGAUGACUUUGAGGAUGAGCUAGACGAGGAGUCUGUCAAGAUUGUCCGCCUAGUCAAAAACAAAGAGCCACUGGGUGCCACUAUUCGGCGGGACGAGUCCACAGGGGCUGUGAUUGUGGCUCGGAUCAUGAAAGGAGGGGCUGCAGACAGGAGUGGUCUGGUGCAUGUCGGGGAUGAACUGAGAGAGGUCAACGGCAGCUCUGUAAUGCACAAGAGACCAGAUGAGAUCAGUCAACUGCUGUCUCAGUCACAAGGCUCUAUCACACUGAAGAUCAUCCCAGCAAUCCGAGAGGAGGACAAGCUGAAAGAGAGCAAGGUCUACAUGCGGGCGCUGUUUGAUUACACUCCAUUGGAGGACAAAGCCACACCGUGUCAGGAGGCAGGGCUUCCGUUUAAACGAGGAGACAUCCUGCAGGUGGUCAGUCAGGAUGAUCAGACGUGGUGGCAGGCCAAGAGAGUGGCAGACUGCAACCUGCGUGCAGGACUCGUCCCAUCCAAACAGUUUCAGGAGAGGCGGUUAGCCUACAGAAUAAAAAUGGGCUCCCUUCAAUGCUCCAAGUCUCCAAAAAAAGCUGUCUAUGACCAGGAAUGUGAUAAAGAAGACUGUGACUGUGAGGGCUAUUUCAAUGGACAGUACAUAGUGUCUUCGAAGUGUAAUGCAGUGGCUCCCUCCUGUGGCCAGGUGUUUUCCUGGGAGUUUUACUCAGCCGGUUUAAGGAGAAGUUUCCGUUUAAGUCGGAAGGACCGUCGUGGUUCUUCAGGAGAGGCCAAUGUUUCUGACCAGAAUGACACCGAAUUCCUGACCUAUGAAGAAGUGACACGCUACCAGCAGAAGCCCAAUGAGAGACCCCGAUUAGUAGUUCUCAUUGGUUCUCUGGGAGCACGUAUCAAUGAGCUGAAGCAAAAAGUGAUAGCAGAAAAUCCCCAUCGCUACGCUGUGGCUGUGCCCCACACCACACGGCCCAAAAAGAGCCACGAGAAGGAGGGAGUGGAGUACCACUUUGUGACUAAACAGGUGUUUGAUGGAGAUGCACAGAAUAACAAAUUUAUAGAGUAUGGAGAGUAUAAGGAGAAUCUGUAUGGGACCAGUAUAGAGGCCAUCCGCUCUGUUCAAGCCAAGAACAAGAUGUGUCUGGUAGAUGUACAGCCUGAGGCUCUGAAGGCCCUACGGACAGCUGAAUUUAAGCCUUACGUCAUUUUCGUAAAACCACGAAUCCCAGAGAGUCGCAGACGCCGCAGUGCCGCCACUUCGCCAGGAGGAGCUGAACAUGGGCGAAUAACAGAGGAGGACCUGCAGGAAAUGCGUCUGUCAGCGCAGCAGACAGAUCAACAGUACGGUCACCUAGUGGAUCGGGUCCUGAUUAAAGAGGACACUGCCAGUGCCUGCGCAGAACUACGUAGCAUCCUGGAGAGACUGGAGCGGGAGACCUUCUGGGUUCCUGUGAGCUGGGCCAAAGCCUAGGACCUCAGCUUUCAUUUCCGACUGUUGACCUACAUUUCCUCCGAUAGCUUCUUUUCUUCCGGUUGGACUGCACUGGGCUUGGCUUCUUUAAACGGUCCACCAUCUUUAAGAGGAGGCAUAAAGAGACUAAAUAAGACACUUGAAGGGUGUCUGUCUUAUUACAGAUUUGGUUUGGAGACAUGCAGGCACAUAAGCACUUAUUUUGGCAUGAAUGAUCUCAUUUAUUUUUGAAAGACAUUAGGUAUUUAUUAUUUGGCUUGUUAUUUCAUGACGUUUGUUUUUUUGAUACUUUGUGGCUUCCUUUCAUGUUAUUUAAAGAGUUUCAAUAGACUGUUCACUAAAGCAAUACUUCUGGUGUCAGAUUAUAUUAUCAGAAAGGCAUUGACCUUUGGUAUUAAAAGGCUGUGGAAAGUGGUUACCAUAGCAACAGCAUUGUUCUUCCUGAAUUGCACAUCUGGCCAGAGCAAGUGGGAAAUUUGCAGGUUGGACUGUACAUUUUUCAACAAUGCGCAUCAAGCUGUUCCCAUGCACACCCAUGCAGAGACUCGUUUAGCAACCGUAACAACUUCAGUUUGAGGCUAUUUGAAGUUUUAAUUUCAUCAAGUGUUGCCUGUCGGACUUUGUUGUGUAACAAUCACAGAAAUCAAGUUAUUUUUGAAGAGCACGAUUGAUCAACGUUUUCACAGGAAAAUAUUAAACUCCUGCUGUGCCAACGACUGUCUCAAUGCACCAAGCUUUUCCUCUCAAAGAGGUUCUUCAUUCGGAGGGUUACAAAAUACCAUGCCAAAGCACUUGAGCUUCACAAUAUCUAUGUAAAUAUGUAACUAAGCUUCCUGGAGUUUAGGUUUGUUGAGUGUAGAUGAACUGAGACAGUGUUGAGUUGAGACAAUAACACCCAGGUCCCUUAUUUUUUGGUUGUAAAGGUCUAUGCGACAGUUUGGAGUGCAUAUGUUACAUCUGCAUCAUGAGCUCAUGCAUCUUUUGCCAUUUAAUUUUCACAUUUCACAUCUCUCUAGAACUUUCUACCAUUUCCCAACAUAUCAUACAAAUCCUCUUGAUCCUACCUCACCUUGGGUUUGAACGGAAAUCUGUCGCCUUUGUUGUAAGCUGCAAUUCUUCAGUGUAAAUUCGUAAUUGUAUGUCAUGUACUGAUUGCAAAUAAAUAUC